AUGGACCCCAGGCCCGGACAGUCAGCAUUUACUAUAAGUUUCUCAAAUCCGAAGGCCAUUGUGAGCAAGUUCCCUGUCGUCCCCGUAGCCAGUCACCCCGCAGACAGUAAUAGUCAACUUGAUGUGCAAGCUCACGAUUAUUUGUACAACCAACCAAGAGGAACCAAGAGAAAGUUCGAUGGCUUGUCGCUUGGCCUGGGCAACUCAUCAAACUCAGAUUCCAGCAAGCAAAGUAUGCGUGCUGGCUGCACCAUAUCUUCUCCUAAGGGUAGUGAUGAAGGUUCUUCUGUUGAUUUGGGCUUAAAUUAUCUUACGCUGGGCAAUGAAGGUACUUCCAGGCUGGAUAAGCAGGCUAGUGAUUUUAGGAGAACUUCGGCGAAGGCUGGGUUGGAUCUUGAGUUAUCUUUGUCUGUUGGACCAUGUCAAUCUGCUAUUACUGGCCAAGACCUAACUUCAGCAACCAAACAGAACAACCCAUUUCUGCAGCCAUACAUUAUGGACUUGGUCCCAAGAGUUGACGAAGGUUCUACAUCUCUUCAUCGACCGUCUGGUGGUCAGUUCCUUAAUUUCCUUAAUAAGACUGCAAGGAUGACUGGGUUUUCUCCAAGGCAAGUUUUAUCAGGCAGCUCUAACCAGAGUCAGGGUCCAGCUUCACUGCCAACAUUGCUCCAACUACAAGAAAGUCCAGCAACCUGUACUUCCGGGUCUGUUAGUCCACAACAUCGCAUCAGCAGCACAAAAGUUUGUUCAUACCCAGGAUGUAGAAAAGGGGCCAGAGGUUCGUCAGGGCGCUGCAUUGCACAUGGUGGGGGGAGAAGGUGCCGUAGAGAGGGAUGCAACAAAGGCGCCGAGGGCAAGACCAUCUACUGUAAAGCUCAUGGAGGGGGACGGCGCUGUGGGCACCUUGGGUGCACCAAGAGCGCUGAAGGCCGUACUGAUUUCUGCAUAGGCCAUGGCGGUGGUCGGCGUUGUAUCCACGACGGCUGCAGAAGAGCAGCAAGAGGGAAAUCUGGCCGCUGCAUCAAACAUGGUGGUGGAAAAAGGUGCCAGCAGGAGAACUGCACAAAGAGUGCGGAAGGACGUUCAGGCUUAUGCAUUGCCCAUGGAGGCGGACCUCGCUGUCAGCAUGCUGGUUGCACGAAGGGUGCACAGGGAAGUACUGAUUUCUGCAAAUCGCAUGGUGGUGGCAGAAGAUGCACGCACCCUGACUGUACAAAGGGUGCUGAGGGAAGCACGCCAUUCUGCAAAGGGCAUGGAGGAGGCAAACGUUGUUCGGCUCAAGGCUGCACAAAAUGUGUGCACGGAGGUACACAGUUCUGCGUUGCGCAUGGAGGUGGCAAGAGGUGCGUGGUGGAAGGAUGCACCAAGAGCGCCAGGGGUCGUACCGAUCGCUGCGUUGGUCAUGGUGGGGGCAAGAGAUGCGUAUCUGUUGGGUGUGAUAAGAGCGCACAGGGAAGCACCGACUUCUGCAAGGCACAUGGAGGAGGCAAGCGUUGCACCUGGGGUCAUCCUGGCUCCGAUCUUGGAGUUGGCAGCCCUCCCUGUGAUCGCCUUGCUAGAGGCAAGAAAGGCAUGUGUGUCCAUCACAACCCGCUCCUGGACGAUGACCGUAUCCACGGCGGCCGAACGCUGGCGGCUUUCAGCAUUACAAGCAGCGCUGCUUCCCUUGAUCGUCGGAGCCACCCUGCAAACUCGGAAACCAGCAGGCGCAGCAUCUCCACCAUGCUUCCAGUGGAGGCUCCCGGUCGUGCGCCUCUUCCUGAGGGCCGGGUGCACGGCGGUAACAUCGUGUCAUUGUUUGCUAAUGGUCUGAGCUUCGGGGAGAACUCCAGCAACAACGCCGAGGUCAGUACCUCAGCGCCUCGCAGCUUCAAACCUGCCAAGGAAUUCAGCGCCUCUGGUCGCAGCAGCUGGCUCUAG